CCGCUGUAGAAAGGUUUUCGCGUAGAGAAAUUUUCGCUCUGUGGAGGUGAGAGCUCCAACGUGCAUCGUGCCUUUGGCAAAGGCGGGAAAAAGGCCGUAUUGCCCCUGCGUGGAGUGCGUAGCAUCACGCAGUCGAGUGGGGUAUCGGUACCCCCCCCUGUAUGUGCCAUAAAAGUUCUUCAACUCAAGGAGGCAAUUAUGAGGGAUGACCAACGACCCUAUCUAGGCGUGUGGGGUUACGUUAAAUCCAGCGAUGAAAACAAUCGGGGUACGGUGGACUGCCAGCCAGGUCCUUCACGAGGAGGUCGUAUCGUUACCAUCACACCGGAAAACCUCCAUCCUCUGUACAGCCCUCCCGUAGGGGUGCAAGUGCAAGGCAUUCCACCAAUCCAUCCACCUGUGGCGUCAAUCCAUUCGACUAUGUCAGCGUGCGGGAUGAACCUCCCGGUUCAUCCAGGUGGUCCUGUAAAUCUUCCAGGACAUCCAGGACAUCCUGGUCUUGUUGGACCUCCGGGACUAACUAGCACCACAAAUACCGGAGCUCUGAGCGGCCUAGGACCGAAUCCUCAUGGCUAUCACCGACCCUCUGUGGAUCAUCUUCCGUCUUUGCACCACGCUGGCGCUCAAUUACAACAACAGCAGCAGCAGCAACAAUUAGCUAUCGCUGGCCAACUGCCACCUCAGCAGCAUAUGCUGGGAGAUCUGGCGGGUGUGGGCCAGUCAGUCAGCCAACAAACUGAUGAACAGCCCGAAGAGGAAGAAGAUGAUAUUAUCGACGAUGUUGAUGAUGGCCCAGCUGAUGAUUCAUCGCAUUCGGGUAGCAUUUGUAAAGGGGGGCCCCCAGGAGGCGAGUCUAGUCGAAAGGAGCAACAUAGACUUUUGACACUUGAGCAGAAACGUGAGUUGAUUCGUAUGUCUGAAGAGGAACGAGUAAAAGCCCGCGACCUUAUGGAGCUUUUUUCCAUAGGCAAAACGCAGGUAUACGCUAUCCUGAAACAACGAAAUCAUAUCAAAGAGGAGUAUUCGCAGGCGAAGAACGACCACGAAAAACAGGCCAAACGCAAGGUGCGUUUUACCGGUAACGAGGACAUCGACGACAUUGUCCACAGGUGGUAUGUGGGUGCGAAGUCGAAGAAUAUGUUCGUCACCGGCACCCAAGUUAAAGAGCAUGCAAAGGUGGUCGCGGACGCCCUUGGCAGGCGGAGUUUCAAAGCGUCCAACGGAUGGUUGGAGUGUUUUCGUAAACGACACAACAUCGUAAUACCUCGAAGUAAAAACGCAAAAGACAACGCCCGAUUUAUUAUGCCGGAACAUGGAGAAUUGAGCACAUUGCAGUCACUUUGGACACAGCAGUUACAAAUGCAUAUAUGCGACUAUUCGGAGGCGAACAUCUACUGUUUAGACGUAACAACACUUCACUACCAGGCGACUCCCCGCUGUAUAAACAGUUGCCUCGGUGAUGCUCUUUACCCGCCUGGUCCAAAGCUGUCCCUAUUGCUAUGUGCAUCAGCCUCCGGUGAAAAAGAGCUUCCGCUCAUUGUUGGCAGUGCGCAGCUGCUACCCCAAUUCAUCAACCGGAUGAAGAUCAUUUUUCGGCGAAGUCAGACACAAGACGGCGAAAUCUCUCCGGAAUGCAUCGAAGAGUAUAUUCGCAUGCUAAGUGAGCGGAUGCGGCGAGAAAAUCGCUCUAUCGUUUUAUUCCUGUUGUUGCCUCCACGGGCUCAUUUUGUGCUUGGUAAGCAUUUCGCAAACGUCAAGCUCGUGCAUUGGCAACAGGUAACAGCAAGUACGCAGCCAAUGCAACAAGGCGUAUUUCACCGUUUUAAACUAAGUUAUCGCAUUCUGGCGCUACGAAACAUGAUAGCCAAUGGAGGCCCACAGGCGAUUUCAUUGGUCGACGCCCUUCAGUACAUCGCUCGAGUUUGGCAUGUUCACAUACUUGAAGUCAGCAUACGAAAAGCUUUCUACAAAGCCGGAUUCCCAGUCUACCUACAGAACUCAUUUGAUAACCUAAAUCGAACUGAAACUGACAUUGCUGAAGAACUUCGCGAACUGCAGCGCCUAGUGGGAGUUUAUUCAGGUGACUGUGGCUCAGAGCUAGCAAGAGAUUACGUAGAGCUGGAGAGGGCAGUCGAACAAGGGGGUUACGUCGAAACAAGCACGGCACACCACCUCAAUUAUGGAGGCUAUACUGCUUCAAGCAGCUUGACUGAUGAAUAUGGGAACCUCUUCGGCGUGGGCCAUAACGAGGAUCCUUUGGCGUUGUCUCCAGCAAUUUCGUCGUAUCAGGGAGCUCUCCUUGAGCUUCGGAGACUACAGCAGUUUUCUUUAAAGGUCAAUGACUACGAAUUACAAGAAAUUCUAUUUAAUGCAAGAUGUGCCGCAGAGGACCGAAACGCAGCCCGGAUGAUUGCUGAGAAAUACCUUAAUAUCAUGCAAUAGGUAAACACGUCCAGCACCUGUGAUAAGCCUCAGUGCCAUAACGGUGCACUUAAAUACUGUUUCUACAUUGUUAAUAUUUUAUUAAUUUAUUUAAUUAGUUGCAUUGUGAGUAGAAUACGUUCUAUCUGGACUAACGAUGAUAUAUGCAACUGUACAAAACUUUAGAGAAUCUUGAUAGUGUGGGGCAAUCCGGUUCCACUAUGCCGAGUAGUUAAAUAUGUAUUUGCAUAAACGAGUCAUUAAUAUAGGCUAUUUGAUUUCUUACAAACACUUCUUGCAAAAAUUCAUCAUAAAAUACUUCGAGUUACACUCGGUAUCCGUUGACUUCUGUAUGAAGAUGUAAAUGGCUUGUAAAAUUUGUAUCAUAUAUAAUGAUUUAAUCCUAUGCUCCUGUAUAUAUCCAAAAUAAAUUG